AUUUGCGUAGUAAUCGCAGUGUAGAUUGGGCUACCGACCGGUAGCCUAUUUAUACAGUGUUUAUUUACAAGUUCAAUCAGGCUCAGUUUAUUUUCUUUUUAUUUAUUUUAGUUUAAUUUUCGAGUAGUAAAUAUUAAGAAAAAUAUUUAAAAUGUGAUGUAAUAUUAGUUUAUUUUAGUGACCGAUUUAUGUGAACUAAUGAAAGUUAGAUUUAUGUAAAUGUGAGUUCUCCUGUAAGUACCGUAAUGUGUUUAGUGAAUAUUUAGACACCUGCAUUGUUAUAAGUACAUAGAACAGGAAGAGAAAAGAGUAUUGUUUACACACUCUUGAAGUAUUCCAUCGCCUGACAACACCAUGUCGCGGCCGGGCACAACUCGAAGGUCUAUGAGCUAUCAGGAAGGCAGCCAAAGCAACGGUGCAACCGAACCAGUGGCCUCAACAAGUAGAGCAUGGAUAGCACCAACUGACGGACCCUUUCUCACCAUACCAGUACAACCGGAGAAGUUUAAAAGAUUCCGUUAUGAAGAUGAAUUGACUUCAAGCACCGUCCUCCAAGGUGCAACUGCAGCAGAUGGCGACGAUGAAGGACACACGACAUUCCCCACGCUAAUGAUAAGUAAUGUACCGGUUCAAGAUAAAGCACUGAUCACCGUUUCGACAGUCACUGCCAACGAACCAUUUAGAGCUCAUCCCAACGGGCUGAUGGGCAGGGAUUGCCACUCCUACGUGUAUUCAAAGGACGUACCGCUCCGUCCAGGGAACAAUACGGUUGUAUUCGACGACCUUCGCAUCAUAAGGGUAAAGUCGGUGGAUUACAAAAACGCGCUGAGGAUUAGAGAAGUUCAAAAAAUUGAUCCCUUCCAACAGGGGUUCAAACACGAACUCACCAAGGACUUCAGGCUUACAGAGCUGCGCCUGUGUUUCCAAGUGAAGCUACGCAGGUGCAAGAAGGUAUUGGAGCCGAUCGUGUCUACCCCCAUCUACAACACGAGGAGAUCCACCAAGCCGCAGAUACACCACUACUCGCCCGGGUCCGGCAGCGCUAGGGGCGGAACCAAAAUUAUUAUCUUGUGUACUGUGUUAUUUCAGGUGAAGGAAGAGACUGAGGUAGUGUUCUACACGAAGCCUACUGAGAACGAGCCGGCGUGGGAGCGCCAUGCAAUGGGUCUGAAGGUGCAUGGCACUCAGUCGCUGUACUGCUUCGCGCCGCCCUACCGAGACACGGACAUCAAGGAGAACGUUACUGUCUAUUUUGAAUUGAGGAGAAAGUCGGACGGCACUCGAAGCAGUCCUGAGAAAUUUCAUUAUUUGCCGUAUGAUACUGACGAGGAGGUUAUAAACAGGAAGAAAUUGAAAAUAAUACAUCCAGCUCUAAGCCUUUUACACCAGGAGAGCAGUACUUGCGGAAACUUAUCGCCGUUUCUCACCCAAGAUAUUCAACAGUUCCUCAAUUCUUUGCCCUGCAACAACCCAGCUGAUAGCGACGACGCUAAUGGCAUCACGCGAGCUAGCCUCUUCGACCAAGUUAUAUCAACUCCAAACCCAAGUGAUAAUGACAGUCGCUGGUCCGGAUCGAUACACGCGCCCAAUAAUGGAAAUCCCUUCAUCGAAAUUGAGCCAGAACCUAGCCAUUCUCAUCGUGAAUUUUACAGACAAAGCUCUAUCAAUUUGCCUGUAUUACACAACAAACAAACUAACUCUACAAUAAUGAAUGGUAACCUCUGCACGUCACCAAAUAUGCAACCCAUGCAAACGUCCCAGAGUAUGCUGCAGUCUACACAACCAAAUUGGCACCAUAAUAAUAUGUCAAUGAAUAUGCAAUCAACCUUAAACAACACGGGCCAAAUGUCCUAUAAUGUACCAGUGCAAUCAAACACUAUGUAUACGUCUCAGGAAGACAUGCAAACCGCCCAGGUCGGACAAUUUGGGCAAUACAAUGGGUACCAAAUCUCAGAAGACGUGCAAUGGCCAAAUUCUCAGUUUUUCUCAAAUAAUACUCAAUCCCCUGAAUUUCCGCAACAGAAUAUGCAAUCCGAAUCGAUGUUGUUAGAUACGCAGCUCAGAGAAUACCCUGCCAACAGUACCAGCUUUUGCCGAAAUUGCAAACGAAUACGAAACGAAACUGAACAAAUAUCUUAUGUAAAGCGUAACGGCGGAAAUACCCAGUACCCACCUGGCAACGAUUCAGAUCUAUUUUCAUUAUAAGUACAAGAAAAAGGCUAUUUUCUAUUGGCUAAGAAAGUAGGAAUACCUAAGUAUCUUAUGAAAAUGACGAGGGUCGUCAAGUAGACUUCAUACAGGUGCACCUUGUUAGUACUGCUGUUUAUUGGCUGUGAAAUGUAGAGUGUGACGACAAAGGAGAGGAACCACCAUAAUGAUGGACUCAGUGAGGACUGAGUGAGGAGAGAUUAUAAAGAUAACGAUGAAAUUAUGUGAUUAAGAAAAGUGCUCAAUUUAUAUAAAGUUUAUUUUGUCAGUCAAUUGUACAGUGUACAAAGAAUGUCUAACGUUCUUUUAUCAAACUCAAUUUUAUUUUUGAAGUUUAGUGAUAGUAUUAUGAUAUUAUAACUGUAAGUAAGUAGAUAAGUAAGUAAUUUAUUUGUCCAAAACAAAAUGAAAACGAGUUCAAUACAUUACACAAUACAUGUUUUUAACUUAUAUUUACGAGUAUCCGUUUAUUGGCUUUGUAAAUAUAAGUUAUGUACGUAAUUGUAAUGAUUAUACAACUACCUAUAAUCAUCAGCCCAAAACUAUGAUGGUUCACUACUGGACUACGGGCUCCCACCCUGCCAUUGUCCCACCUUGCCGGUUGUAAAACAGCUAUUAACCUACUAGGUCUAUUUUUAUUCUACGUUUAAUUGUUUCGGUGUAAGUUCCUAAGUUUGCCAAAGGCAACAUCAAGGAAGUUUUGUUAAACAUCGUAAGUAGUAUUAAAACCUAUGUAUUUAACAUUGUAAUUAAAUUGAAGUGAGCUGAAAAUGAGUUCUGCAGGGUUUCGCUAUCUACAUCCAUUUAUAUACCCACCUCAAACUACUAAAUCCACCGUGUUUAUUAAUUAUUUAAGUAUAAUGUGUUAGAUUUAAGUAACAUUUAAUUUUAUCACUUAAUUUAUAUUG